AUGGCUGCGCUGCUGAGCACCUACCCCUGGCCCGAGCGGCUGGAGGGGGACGCGGCCGAGGGGCUGCCGCCGGGGCCGCCCCCCCGGUGUCCGCCGGGGGAGAAGGGCUCCGAGAGCCGUAUCCGCCGGCCCAUGAACGCUUUCAUGGUGUGGGCGAAGGACGAGAGGAAGCGUCUGGCCGUGCAAAACCCCGACCUGCACAACGCGGAGCUCAGCAAGAUGCUCGGCAAAUCCUGGAAGGCUCUGAGCCUCUCGCAGAAGCGUCCCUACGUGGAGGAGGCCGAGCGGCUGCGAGUGAAGCACAUGCAAGAUUAUCCCAACUACAAAUACCGGCCCCGGCGGAAGAAGCAGGUCAAGCGGAUCUGCAAGCGGGUGGACCCCGGUUUUUUGCUGGGCAGCCUGACUCGGGAUCAAAACGCGGUGCCGGAGAAGCGGACCUGCGGCCGGGCCGGGGGGGAGAAAGAGGGGCCGGGUGAGUACCCGCCUCGCCCGGGGCUGCCGGCCGCCCGGGGAUACCGAGAGGCCCCAGGCAGCAGCAGCAGCAGCACCAGCGUGGACACCUACCCCUACGGGCUGCCCACCCCCCCAGAGAUGUCUCCGCUGGACGCCAUAGACCCCGAGCAGAGCUUCUUCUCCUCGCCCUGUCCUGACGAGCAUCACCGCUCCCACCUCGCCGGAGCCCCCUACUCCCCAGAGUACACUGGCAGCUCCCUCCCGUGCAACCACCACCCUCUCAGCCCCAUGCCACAGCCGGCCACCUGCAUGAUCCCCCCGGCCUCCAGCUGCCCUCCCCUUCCUCCUCCUCCUCCUCCCAGCUACUACACGCCUGCCUUCCCCUCCCUGCACCCCCCCAGCCUCCAUGCCCACCUGGGCCAGCUCUCCCCACCGCCCGACCACCACAGCUUUGACACCUUGGACCAGCUGAGCCAAGCCGAGCUCCUGGGGGAGAUGGACCGCAACGAGUUCGACCAGUAUCUCAACAACCCCGGCCACGGCGACCACCACGGCGGGGUCCUGGUGAACGGACACGUCCCGGCGGCCGGCGGCUCCCACACCUCCGAGACCAGCCUCAUCUCUGUCCUUGCCGAUGCCACGGCCACCUACUACAAUAACUACAGCGUCUCCUAGAACCCUGGCCGGGGCCGCCUGGACCGGCCGAGGAAGGACCCAACACAGUAUUAUGAGGCGUUGCUCCCUGGGGACAUCGCUCGCCGCCCCUCAGGGUGACCGAGUCCGAACCGCGAGGGCCGUGGAGUCUCCUGGGUGGCGUAGGUAAAGGAUUUCCGUUGUCAGCUCACCACCGGUGCAAGGCCUCGGGUGCCUUGCUCCGAAUGGGGCUGCGGGGGGGGAUUUCCCAAUGCCAAAGCCCUUUGGCCAAGCCCCUCUUCCAAAGCAGAGAUGCUCCUGGGAGCACGGGAAGGCUGCCCCCCCAUUCCGGGGUGCCCCCAGCUCUGUGUUGGAGUCAGGACGGCAGCAUCCUGCAAACGGCAGGUUUGAAGUCCUGGCAGGGGAGAAGACUCCCUGGAAGAGGAAAAGGCAGGGAUGGGGGGAAAAGGGAAGAUUUUGGUAAAGGGGCGCACAGUCUGAAAGCCGUUCUCGGCUCCUGGUAUCGGCGUUGCUGCAGCCGCCCUGACCUGCCUGACCGCACGGGCCAGGGUUAAACCUGCCCUGUCCCCCUGCCCCCAGACCACGAGUUGGGGGCUUCGGGACACCAGGGAUGCU